AUGCGCUCGCGCCAAGCCACGAAGGGCCUCUUCCCAGAUGCUACAGCUAGCUGUAAACACUUAAAUUUUGCUGCUGCUGCUGUUGGUGCUGCUGCUGCUGUUGGUGCUGCUGCUGCUGUUGGUGCUGCUGCUGUUGGUGCUUUCCCUGCAUGUGGUGGUCACUCCAGGGAUGACAGUGACGCUGCUGCUGCAGCACCCGACCCCACAGAAAGGCGUCAUGGCCAUGCGGAAGCUGCUGCUUCAGCUGAGGGGGCAGCGGCGUCUCCUCAGCGCGGUGCUGCUGUUGCUGCUGCUGCUGCUGCUGCUCCUGCUGCACCGGUGUGGAAGGCCUCUGGUGUCUUCGCAGCCAAGGGGGCCGUCGCUCAUCCUUGUGCAGGACGCGCCGCAGCUGCUGCCGCGAACUUUUUGGUAUUGCAACAGGAGAAACUGCCUGCUGCUGCUGCUCUGCGAGCAUGCAACGCGGGAGGCCACAAAAAAGCCCGCUCAGCUGCUGGGAAGUGA